GCAGCUGUCCGGUACGGGCGGCGGCGGGCUUUUCACUUCGUGCGGCAACACCGUCGACGGUUUUGUCGUCACUGCGCCCUGCUCAAUCGCAAUCUGGCCAGCGUCGAUCGCGGACGUGGCGUUAAACCAUUCCUAUAUUCUGCUGUUUGUUGCGCGCUUUCUCGUACAGUUUGUUGUCGCGCGUUAACGGUGGAUUGUUUUGAUUUUACCUAGUGUGGUCCGAUCGUGCGUAACGAUGGUGGAACGAAACCUGGUGAAUGUGCUGCUGCUCGGCGGUGGCUUCAUGCUGAUCUUUACCUCCUUUCAAACGCUCGGCAAUAUCGAGCAAACCAUCAUCGACAGCAUCAAGAAAGACGUACCCUCCUUCACUGGUGACGGAUACACGAGCCUGGCCAUUAUCUAUGCUGCUCUCUCUUUAUCAAACUGGGUCACGCCGUCGGUCCUGUCCGCCAUCGGGCCGCGGCUGGCGAUGGCCAUCGGUGCUAUCACCUACUGCCUCUUCAUGGCGAGUUUCUUCGUACCGCACGUUGUCCUGCUGUAUGGGUGUAGUAUUGUCCUCGGUGCCGGUGCCGCCCUCAUCUGGACCGGGCAGGGCAUGUACCUAUCUCAGUGCAGCACCGGUGAUACGAUCUCGCGCAAUUCCGGGAUCUUCUGGGCGAUGUUACAGAUGAGCAUGUUCUUCGGCAAUCUGCUAGUGUUCUUCACAUUUCAGGGCAAGACGCAUAUUGAUGAGACGACGCGUAGUAUUGUUUUUGCCGUCCUUAUCGCGGUAGCGAUCGUUGGUUUAGUGCUGUUGACUUGUCUGCGCCGUCCCUCGGCAAACGUUGGUACUGAGCUGGAACUCACCACAGAUGUUCGUCCACGGCAGGCAUUUCUGAAUGCGAUUCGUCUAUUCCAAACUCCACGCAUGAUACUGCUGAGCGUCACGUUCGUCUACACUGGACUUUCGCUGUCCUUCUUCAGUGGUGUGUACGGUUCGAGUAUCGGCUUUACGAACGCAAUCGGUACCUCGGCCAAACAAUACGUAGGCCUGAACGGUGUAUUUAUCGGUGUCGGUGAGGUAUUGGGUGGAGUAGCAUUUGGGCUACUCGGUACCCGUACUACCACCCGAUGGGGUCGCGAUCCGAUCGUGAUUGCCGGUGGCGUACUGCACAUGGUUGCUUACUUCCUAAUUUAUCUGAACCUACCGAACAGUGCACCGUUUGGCAACACGGACGCACUGUCCUACAUUCAGCCACCGAGUGCCCUCAUCGCGAUGUGCUGCUCGUUCCUGCUCGGUCUCGGCGAUGCUUGCUUCAACACGCAGUGCUACUCGAUGCUGGGCGGUGUGUUCAAGAGCCAACCGGCUGAAGCGUUCUCCAUCUUUAAGUUUACCCAGUCGGUUGCUGCUGCGGCCAGUUUCGUCUACUCCUCCUACUGCGGGCUCCACGUGCAGCUGGUGAUACUGGUCGUACUAGGCAUCAUCGGUACGAUUUCGUUCUGUGUGGUGGAGUUCGCUGUUAAGCGCGAACGUCCAACGUUGGAGCGUGAUUACGAUAAGUAAGUUAGUGGGGAGGUUGUGUGAUUUCCAAGAGAAGCAAGUCUUACCUGCCAACCACCGCCGAUGGCUGCCGUUUGUUCAUCGUGUUGGGAAAAUGGUGAAUCUUCUUGCCGAACCGACCGUUCGCCGGUACGAUGCCACCGAAGUAUACAGGGCUGUCCGCUGUGCCAAUCCGGGUGGCAAAAGUGUAAGAAGCAAGGAUAUUUUAACGAUGCGCUUUAGUGUACAGAACUGUUUUAGCUCUUAAGAAGCCUCCAACAAGGAGGUAUAAACACUGCUACGUUAAAAUCGGUCAGUGAUCUAGUGUUACUAUGUUACUAAAACUUAUUGCUUUCAAAAUGUUUUCUUUUUUUACGUUUGUUCCUGAUAUUUUAUCUUACAGCAUUAUUGUUUUUUUAAAUAUUUGUUAGGUAAAAAAAAACAACAAAUUUAACAUGAAAUAGAAAACAAUGCAGACAACCCCUCUGUAUGAUAAUUUCUAACAUUCCAACGUUCUUAUGGAACGUUUACUAGAACUGUCUGAAUUACCUAAGGCAGCGGGAAGUAUUGCACCAUCGCAAGUCGUUAGCAGCGUUGUCCCUACGACACAAAAUGCCACCAAUCCGAUGAUGAUGGCGUACGCGAACGAUGCCUUUAAGCGGGAAGAAAGAAGCAAACAAUUAAUAAAGAACCUUUUAACAUAAA